ACCACCACGACCCGCAUGACGGAGCUCCUCGGGGGGCGCCCAGCCCGGAGCGGGAGCCCGUUUCAGCGCCGGCGCCGCAGCCAGCGCGAGCGACCCUCUCGGGCCGGACGGGAGCCGGCGGAUCAGCACCCUGCCCAGCUCGGGGCCGAGGCCGAGGAGCCUCCAAAGCGAGCGUGGCUUCCCGGGGCAUCCGCGGGAAAACGCCACGCUGGCCGGACUACGAAUUCCGGAGGCCUGGGCGUCCUCGGCCCCGCCUCUUCCGGGCGCACUUCCGGCGUGGAGGUGGCGACAGCCUGGGCGGCCUCUCUCGCGCGCCUCAUGUCAGCCUCGGCCCUCCCGGCCGGCUCGGGCCAGCUACUGCGGGGCGACCGCGGCCCCUUCCCUCCGCCGCAGGAGGCCCUGGACGGAGCGGGCGGCGGCGGCGAGGAGGAGGACGAAGAUGCGCUGGGCGAGGAGCUGGAGGGCGGCGGCGGGGAGGCGGCGCCGUGGAGCCUGCAGGAGAAGGCGCUGCACGAGGCCCGGCUGAAGGCCAAGGCGAAGCGGCGCUUGCGGCGGGCCUCCUCCCGCGAUUCCCAUCGGGAAGCCCUCCCCGAGAAGGGCGAGCCGGAGCCGGAGCCCAGCAGCCCGAAGGGCAAGAACCACGACCGCAAGUCCCGCAUGGGGAAGGGCCGCGGCCUGCCCAAGAAAGGUGGGGCAGGGGGCAAAGGCGUCUGGGGAGCGCCCGGGGUGGUCUACAGCUACCAGGAGCCAGAUGCCCGGGACCCCAACUACGACGAGGCUGCACAGGGAAAGACUGUCUAUGCCACGGUGGUGCCUGAACUGGAGGAAAAGGAGCUGGAGAAGACUGUGCAGCCGAUGGUGCUGGAGUAUUUUGAGCACGGAGACACCUUGGAAGUGGUGGAGCUGCUUCGGGAUCUGAACUUGGGGGGCCACAAGGCAGCCGUGUCCUCGCUGGCCGUGGUGCUCUCUCUGGAGGGGAAGGCCAGCCAUCGGGAGCUGACCUCCCGCCUACUCUCGGACUUGGUGGGGAAGGUGCUGAGUGCCGAGGACAUCGCGGCUGCUUUUGACGGGAUGCUGCACGACCUCCCCGACCUCAUUCUCGACACACCUGAGGCGCCACAGAUGCUGGGUCAGUUCAUCGCCCGCGCUGUGGCCGACCACGCGCUUCCCCUCAACUUCCUCGAGCGCUACAAAGGGCGGGUCGACUGUGAACACGCACGGGCUGCCCUGGACCGUGCUGCCAUCCUCCUGCGCAUCAAGCGGGACGUCAAUCGGUUGGACAAUGUGUGGGGCGUGGGGGGCGGCCAGAGGCCAGUCAAGCAUCUGAUCAAGGAGAUGAACCUCCUGCUGCGUGAAUACCUGCUUUCUGGAGAGGUGUCUGAGGCUGAACACUGCCUGCGCCAACUCGAGGUGCCCCACUUCCACCACGAGCUUGUCUACGAGGCUGUGGUGAUGGUGAUGGAGUCUUCGGGAGACACGGCCGUUGCCAUGAUGGUGAAGCUGCUGAAAGUGCUGUGGCAGACGGGGCUAGUGACCCUGGAUCAGAUGAACCGGGGCUUCCAGCGGGUCUACGAUGAACUUGGAGACAUCAGUCUGGAUGUUCCGCUGGCCCACAGCAUCCUGGAGCGGAUGGUGGAUCUCUGCUUUGAGGAGGGCGUCAUCACCAGGCAGCUGAGAGAGACCUGCCCUGCCCGGGGCCGGAAGCGCUUUGUCAGUGAAGGAGACGGAGGCCAAAUCAAGCAAUAACUGGAAGCUUUCAGCACCCCCCCCCCAAGCAAUGCCUUCAACCCAGCCAGACCUGCCAGGAAGCCUUUGCUGAGCACCCACCAUACACCUCCCCCAGCAGCGUGUCCAGCGGGCAGGAGGGCUCUUGUCGGGAGGGAGCCAGGGGAAACUGCACUUCUGCCGGACCGAUGGGGGCGGGUGGUUCGGUAGAAGCAGGAGGAGGAGGAGGAAGGUUUGUUCUCCACACGCCCACUCCCACAGUGCGGCUGCCACCAGCCAAGCAUCUCAGGAAGCCUCAGGCCAGCUGAAACUGCCGCAGAGGGGCCCUCUUUGGACCUGCUGGGCAGCCGGGCUGGGAAGGCAGGGGAGGGGCGCUUCCCUCGCAGCCUCCGGCUGGCGCAGAGUGGUUGGUCCCUGCCUUGUGCAGCCGGUUCCAAAGCACUGUGGGAAAGGAAGUCAGCUGGAUUCCCUGCAGCCAAAGAACCUCCUGUUCCCAGGACCCCCUGAAGCCCCCUUGCCACCCACAGAUGCAGGCGGGGGGCUGGCUGGGUUGAGGGCUGAGGAGCGAGCAGCCGAGCACCGCGGGUCUGAUUUUGCCAGGGUUAAUGGGGAGCUGCUUCUGCUUGGCGCUACCCACGGCUGGCAGAGAGACAGAGCAAAUGGACAUCAGUGCCGGAGGGAAUUGUGCCAAAAUGCUUAAUGGUCUUGCAGGCAAAGGUGGUGGGGAUGGGCGAGUUUAAUGGGAAAUUAAAAUAAAUGAUGCACCCAAAGGG